UUAAGAUGAUAAAUUGAAUAAAUGUUCCUCAUAUCGGUGAGAUCCCGUGAUCGUCAGAGUCAUGGUAACGUCAUUGUCUUCACCCUGUAGGUUUCGUCAUCUCCUAACCACAGAAGAGGAGGUCUGUUCCUGCUCCUGAUCGGUGAAAACAUUACAGGUUGUCCAGCAUCAUGAGUCAGCGGACGGAGCGGCGGGGGGGGAUACACGUGGACCAAUCGGACCUGCUGUGCAAAAAGGGAUGCGGUUACUAUGGCAACGCAGCCUGGCAGGGCCUGUGCUCCAAGUGCUGGAGGGAGGAGUACCAGCGGGUGCGGCAGAAACAGAUCCAGGACGACUGGGCCUUGGCAGAAAAGUUGCAGCGGGAGGAGGAGGCGGCAUACGCCAGCAGUCAUGGAGCACAGACACAGUCCCACCCCCAGCCCACGGCACCACAGCCACAUCCGGGGCACGUCUCCCUGGGACCCUUCUCCAAGUUUGAGGAGAAGAAGACCAACGAGAAGACACGGAAAGUGACCACCGUUAAGAAGUUCUUCAGCCCUUCAUCACGCACUGCUCCCAAGAAAGAAACCCAAGAGGGCAAGACUCCCAGUCCGUCCAUUAGCCGCCAUGCCAGCUUUGAUACAGACCAGGUGUCCAAGGACUUUGUGGACUUCUUGAAAAACCUCCAGAAGCCCGGCCGGGAGAUCCACAAGCAGUGCCGAGCCUUCAUUGUGAACAUGUCGAGCAAGAAGGACCUGAGUGCUGACGAGCUGUCGGAGUGCGUUCAGGAUUUCUACCAGAACCUAGCCGACCGGUUGAUGGGUCACUUUAAAGGCUCUUCAGAGUCUGUGGAGCAGGUGAUGGACCAAGUGGAAAAGUACAUCAUGACUCGUCUGUAUAAGAGUGUGUUCUGUCCUGAAACCACUGAUGAUGAGAAGAAGGAUCUGGCCACGCAGAACAGGAUAAGGGUUUACAGAGGAUGGUCCCAAAAAGAGAAAAUAUCCAGAGAGCCAAAAUGCCUUGUUGAUGCCAGAGGUCAGAGGAGAAUGGCCAGACUGGUUCAAGAUGAUAGAAAGGCAACAGGAAGUCAAAUAACCACUGGUUGCUGCAGAAGACCAUCUCUGAACCAACAAUUCAUUAAUGAUCGAGGGGCGUUACACUGGGUGACCAUCCAGAUGCUCUGUGUGUCUAUGGACGAAGAAAUCCCCGAAGUCUCUGAGAACGUGGUCAAAGCAAUAACAGAUAUCAUUGAGAUGGACUCGAAGAGGGUUCCUCGGGACAAACUCGGGUGCAUCACUCGCUGCAGUAAACACAUCUUCAGCGCCAUCAGGAUCACCAAGAACGAGCCGGCCUCAGCUGACGACUUCCUCCCAGCGCUCAUUUACAUCGUGCUCAAAGCCAACCCUCCACGACUUCAGUCCAACAUCCAGUACAUCACCCGCUUCUGUAACCCCAGCAGGCUGAUGACCGGAGAGGACGGAUACUACUUCACCAACCUGUGCUGCGCAGCGGCUUUUAUCGAGAAGUUGGAUGCUCAGUCUCUGAAUCUUUCCCCAGAGGAAUUCGAGCGCUACAUGUCAGGCCAAGCCUCGCCGCGAUGCAGCUCAGAGGGCGACUGGUCUCAAGCUGACCCGGCACCAGCCGCCACCAACCCAGUCCUGGCUCAGCUCAAUCACAACCUGGAGGUGCUGUCGGGCCUCAGCAGCCGGCAGGAGACGCUGAUGGAGGCUGCUCAGAGCCUGCAGGCCGACCUCCUCUCCUGGCCCCAGAGCGUGCAGAGGGAGGUGCAUGACAUCCUGGAGAAAUACCCUCUAGAGGUUCUGUCUCGCACCAUUUCGGCCAUUGAUGCCAAUAACGUGGACAAUGACAACCUGCCGCCGCCACUCACGCCACAGGUGUUUGCUGGGUAGUGGAGUCCACAGAGGGAGGACAACAUUUCACAGCUGGCGACAGUUCUCCUGCCUUGAAUAGUCAGCUCAUUUCCCAGUGUGUUUCAUGGUAACUUUCCACAUCUACUAACCUCCUGAAUGUUGCUAAGCUGUAGUGCCCCUUAAACGCCCGGUCACGCCAAUAUUUAUGACAAAGAAAUUAGUUAAUUUCAAUGGAAUUGGAUCUGUUGAUAGAUUUGCUAGUGUGGAUAAAACUUGGUGAACAUUAACAUGCAAAUUUGCAUUGUUUAACAAAAUCAAGUUGUCUGAAUGGUGCUGACCUUCUGGGGAAUGAAGGACACGAAUGUCGCUUAUUAGUUGUUUGCAGUGGUGGACAGUAACUAAGUACAUUUACUCAAGUACUGUACAUUGAGAUACAUGUAGAUUUUAUUUCUAUUUUUUGCAUCUAUAUACUUCUAUUCCACUACUUGAUAACUUAAAGGGGGACUACGUCCAUUUCAAAAUUCAGAAAUUUUAUGCCUAUGGUCCAGGCAAUCCCAAAAUAUCAGUAAACAUGAACAAAACAAAAGUCUUUCCUGUUCUAGGGAAGAAUAACGUCAUGUGUAUCAAGGGUUAUCAUGUCCACCUCAUCAGAAACUGGGGAGGUGUUAGGAGGAAUAUUGGAUUUCUCUGGAAUGCUAACUUUUAGCGCGUUAGAUAACAUAAGUUUCCAUAGCAAAACAAACAAGUGUCAUCCUCCUUUGUAAGAUUGGCUUCCUGUGACAUCAUCCAUCUACUGAGUGAGAGCGUAUGGGUCGGCCAGUCUGGUCUUGUUCGUCAGUGUUUACUUAUUCAAGUAACACUGGUGGUCCCGGAGAGUGAGUGACCUGACAUGGUGCGUUGGUAAAUUCAGUCUGACGCUCUAAACUAAAAUGAGAGCCCUGUUGGUGGAAGAAACGGAGCGUUAUAUUUCUACAUGAAUGAACCAACGGUUAACUUAAUCACACAUUGACUCCGCUCAGCGCUCUGCUGCUCUGUCUCCGAGUGAGAGUGCCAUGCUCUGGAUAACCCAAUGGUACAUUCAGACAGCGCUCGAAUUAUGAAUGGUCCAGUUUGUGUCAGAGUACACUCCCACACUCAGAAUGAGUAUUUCUGAAUGCACCACUCACAUCAUCUUCCUCCAUUGUCUAAAACAAGACAACAGAACUUGUUAGCUAGCGCUAGCUAAUGUCUAUGGAGAAUUGUUUUGCAUCCAGCUAAGCCCCGCCCACCCCCCAAAAUCAUACUGUUUACCAAUAGAAAAAGGUUCUAUAUCAAAAGUAAAAAAAAAAAAAAAAAACCUCCAAGUGUGAAUCACUUUAUUUUCCCUGUGAAUUAGAACACAGUCUGAGGGGCCACCCGGCACCCUGUAGGGUGCCAGAUUUGUCCCAUGGGCCAUAAGUUGAGUAUCUCUGCUUUAUUGUCACUCAUCUUUUAAAACCAGAAAAAGACUUAUGAUAUACAAAUAUCCAAAAUCUGGCAGAAAAAUCACAACAUCACAACAAGCAGCUUGUUACCAUGUCACCUGUUACAACCACACAGAUAAACUUUUCCACUUUUUGGUGUGACCAGAUUUUUAUGUUUAUCAAAUCGAAGCCCUCUCUGCUCUCUCAUCAUUUCUACUUGUUACCAUUUCCAGUUGAAGUGACCACAGUUACUGGUUUGUCUGAUACCGCACAAAGAAAAAAUAACAGCAUGUAUAAACCUCUGUAUAUCAGUGAUGUGUUUCUGUUUGGGGCCAGUUUUUGACCUGUUAUCCAACAUGUUUUUUAAAAUAUUUUACUUGUUAAUAUCGUGACAUAGUCUGAUUUCAUGCUGUUUUUUAAUAUUUGUGUUUUAUUGUGGACUAAAAUCCAGCUGGAAACACAUUGAUAAAAAAAAAAAAACACAGAACCACUCUAGAACACAUUCUCAUCAUGGUCAAGUAUUAACUUAAUUUAACUUCAAAAGGGUCAUUCAGUUGUUAUUUUUAUUUUAUAAAACACUGUUUAAAUGUUGUACUGUGUUUUUAGAAUUCGCUGUAUUUUUGCAGGCCUGCUCACCUCCAUAAUGAAACAGUGUUAGAGUGUAAAAUACACGUUACGACAGAAAACUAGAAAUAAUGUAUUUUAAAUAUUGAUUUAUUUUGUCAGUGUGUGAUGUACUGUAUGAUAUUGGGUGUAAAGAACGCCUGCUGAAACUCUGCUGCCCUGCCACUGCUUUUGUUUGUGUGCUGAUUCAUUGACCUGAGAAUCUUUUUGCCAAAUUUAAUAACAUUUCUGUAAAUGACCACAUUUAUUCAUCUGCAGAGAGAAUCAGGGCCUGUGUGGUUUCACUAAUUCAGACUAGUCUUUAAUGCUGCUCUCCCUGCUGUAGGCUUUCCUUGUAUGGUCAUGGAUGGGCAGAGAGGUGUGCUCUCUCAGCCGUAGGAUUUCCAUGUACGCGCAUGGAAGGACAAGGAGGUUUGCUCUCUCUGCCUUAAGGAUUUCCAUGUACGUGCAUGGAAGGACAGGGAUAUUUUCUCUCUCUGCCUUAGGCUUUCCAUGUAGGCGCGUAGAAGGGCAGAGAGAUGUGCUCUCUCCGCCUUAGGCUAUCCACAUAGGUAUGCGGAAAGGCAGAGAGGCCCCAGAACAGAGCCAUCCCGCCAAAUAUAAUACUGCAAAUGGAAAUAAAGUUUUCUUUGGUAGUGACUGAACUGCUGUAAACUACAAAUCUUCAAAUGGACCACACAACAAAAAGUGAAAAGUGAGUGAUGGCCCUGACAAUGGAGGAUGCUAAUUGUUAGUAAAUGUUAUAAAUUAUAUUAACUGCUUUUUGUUUUUCAUUUGAGUGAAAUAAAGACG